AAACCAGUUCACGCCGGAGCCCUGGGAAGGAAGCGCCUCUGGUGGAUCCGGCCUCUCCGCGGGACUCUGAGAAAAAGCUACCACCAGGCAAGAAUCCCCUUCAGCCCCUUCGUGUAGACGCCGUCUGUCACCAUGGGUAAAGGAGACCCCAACAAGCCGCGGGGCAAGAUGUCCUCGUACGCCUUCUUCGUGCAGACUUGCCGGGAAGAGCACAAGAAGAAGCACCCAGACUCCUCCGUCAAUUUCGCCGAAUUCUCCAAGAAAUGUUCGGAGAGAUGGAAGACCAUGUCUGCAAAGGAAAAGUCGAAAUUUGAAGAUAUGGCAAAAAGUGACAAAGCUCGCUAUGACAGGGAGAUGAAAAAUUAUGUUCCUCCCAAAGGUGACAAGAAAGGAAAGAAAAAAGAUCCCAAUGCUCCUAAAAGGCCUCCGUCUGCUUUCUUCCUGUUUUGCUCUGAACAUCGCCCAAAGAUCAAAAGUGAACACCCUGGUUUAUCCAUUGGGGAUACUGCAAAAAAAUUGGGUGAAAUGUGGUCUGAACAGUCAGCCAAAGAUAAACAACCAUAUGAACAGAAAGCAGCUAAGCUAAAGGAGAAGUAUGAAAAGGAUAUUGCUGCAUAUCGCGCCAAGGGCAAAAGUGAAGCAGGAAAGAAGGGCCCUGGCAGGCCAACAGGUUCCAAGAAGAAGAAUGAACCAGAGGAUGAGGAGGAAGAGGAAGAGGAGGAAGAAGAUGAAGAUGAUGAGGAAGAGGAGGAAGAUGAAGAAUAAAUGGCUAUCCUGUAACGAUAUGUGUGGAGUGUGCGUGUGUGCUCAGGCAAUUGUUUUGCUAAGAAUGUGAAUUCAAGUGCAGCUCAAUAUUAGCUUCAGUAUAAAAACUGUACAGAUUUUUGUAUAGCUGAUAAGAUUCUUUGUAGAGAAAAUACUUUUUUAAAAAUGCAGGUUGUAGCUUUUUGAGGGGCUACUACAUACAGUUAGAUUUUAAAGCUUCUGAUGUUGAAUGUUUCUAAAUAUUUAAUGGUUUUCUUAAUUUCUUGACUUGUGUAUUGUAGCACAGCAAACUUGUAGGAAUUAGUAUCAAUAGUAAAUUUUGGGUUUUUUAGAAUGUUGCAUUUUGUUUUUUAAAAAAAUUUUUGUAAUAAAAUUAUGUAUAUUA